CCUAAUUGGGUUUUAAUAUUUACUUACAAGAAUUGAAAGUUUAGAGGGAAAAUUUACACUUUUUGAUUAUUUUAGGUGAAUUUAGUUCAAAGUUAAUCAAGUGUUGGAAAGAAAGUUAAGUUAGAAUUGGAGAAGAAGAAAGAGAUAGAUGGAAGAUUUAUUGGGGAGAAUUUUAUUCUUUACUGCUGCUGCUGCUGCUGCUGCUGUUGGUGUUGGUGGUGCAGUGGGUAUUUAACUUUCCGUUGAUUUCGCUGUUUCAAUUGUGGAGCCGAGCUUUAAUGGCUUCUUCUAAUCCACUAUCUUCCGCAAUCGCCGCAUUAUGGAUCCAUUACAGUAACUGAGAACAUAGCACAACAAAUUGUAUUCCCACACAAACAACCCAAAUUAGACUCCACAUUCCAUUGUUGUAACCUGGUAUAAAACUCCACCCUCUUCUUUUUUCUCUUCUCUCAAUUCUUCAAUACACUCCCAUUUUCAUUUGGGAUUAGAAAAAAAAAAAAAAACGAUCUUCCCGCUAACCCAUUUGAUUUCUUUCUUUUCCCCUUUCUGGGUCGACCCAGAUUGCUUGAUUCUUGAAAUCUUUGUUUCUCACUAAUGGUUCUCAAGUUGCAGUGAUCCGCCAUGGGGUGUGUGAACACGAAGCAGGCGGUGUCCGUCACGCCUGCAUUCGAUCAUUCCGGCGUGUUUCGAGAUAAUGAAUCAACGGCGGUGGGGAACUCGGGUCGGAGCCGACUUGGGUUGAUGGGGGAGAUUGAGAAGGUUUCGAAGCCCAAGGCUAAAGUGAAGAAGAAGAGUUCCAGUGAGUUUAAUGGGGUUGGGAGUGAGUUUGGUGAGUCGGGGAGAGCGAGUUCAAAUGGCGGAGGAAAUGAAACUUUGAGCUUCAGAUUGGGGAAUUUUAACAAGUAUAUGGAAGGUGAACAAGUGGCGGCGGGUUGGCCGGCCUGGCUUAGCGCUGUCGCCGGUGAGGCCAUUCAAGGUUGGGUUCCACUCCGGUCCGAUGCCUAUGAGAAGUUGGAAAAGAUUGGACAAGGUACAUAUAGCAGUGUAUUCCGAGCUCGUGAACUCGAAACGGGAAGGAUCGUUGCUUUAAAGAAGGUUCGAUUCGACAAUUUUGAGCCUGAAAGUGUUAGAUUUAUGGCACGAGAGAUCAUGAUUCUCCGCACGCUCGAUCACCCUAACAUCAUCAAAUUGGAGGGCUUAAUUACAUCUCGUUUAUCAUGUAGCAUUUACCUUGUAUUCGAGUACAUGGACCACGACAUUACUGGACUCUUGUCCUGUCCUGAUAUCACUUUUAGUGAAUCACAGAUUAAAUGCUACAUGAAACAAUUGUUAUCCGGGCUUGAGCAUUGUCACUCACGUGGUGUGAUGCAUCGGGAUAUUAAAGGAUCUAAUCUUCUAGUCAAUAAUGAAGGAGUAUUGAAGGUGGCUGAUUUUGGAUUGGCAAACUUCUGUAAUUCUGGGCACCGGCAACCUCUAACAAGUCGUGUUGUCACUCUGUGGUAUCGCCCUCCUGAACUUCUACUGGGUUCAACAGACUAUAAUGCAUCUGUGGAUCUUUGGAGUGUUGGCUGUGUUUUUGCAGAACUUCUAGUUGGGAAACCUAUUCUUCAAGGAAGAACAGAGGUGGAACAGUUACACAAGAUCUUCAAGCUUUGCGGCUCUCCUCCUGAUGAAUACUGGAAAAAAUCUAAACUUCCUCAUGCCACUUUGUUCAAGCCGCAGCAUCCUUAUAAUAAUUGUUUACGGCAGACCUUCAAAGAUCAUCCUUCAACGACUGUGAACUUGUUAGAAACUCUUCUUUCCGUUGAACCAUACAAGCGUGGAGUUGCCUCCUCGGCUCUCACAUCUGAGUAUUUCAGUACCAAACCGUAUGCAUGUGAUCCAUCAAGCAUGCCGAUAUAUCCACCUAACAAAGAGAUUGAUGCGAAACAAAGAGAGGAGACUAGAAGGAAGAAAGGUAGCGGAAGAGCCCGUGGACUAGAUAACAGAAGGUUAACGCGAAAGCAUCUUGGAAUCAGUAAAUUGGCACCAGCAGAGGACUUAUCAGUCUCAGCUCGAGAUUUGCAUAAAAUUAGUAUUAAUGCACAAAAUCUUAAAGAAGAGAAGGUUAUCAAAGGUGUUGAGGUGGAAAAAAUGUCUAUGGAUAAAUUGGAAGAGACUAUACAUGUAAAGAAUGCAUCUCAAGGAGACCUUCCCUUCUCUGGCCCCCUGCAAGUUUCAACAUCAAGUGGUUUUGCGUGGGCUAGACGAAGAAGAGACGAUACCUCUAUUCGAUCUUAUUCCAGAUCAAUUUCAAGAGGACACCUAAUUAAUGGGCUGGAAGAUUCUACUACAUUGCAUUCAAGAAGCAAUUUGGACUCUAAGAUUCAUGAAAAGAGUGACAUGACGUCCAUCAGCCGAUCAAGUUCCAAGGGCCAUGAAUCAAAUGAGAGAUCAAAGGUUGUGAUAAGGAACCCGUGGGGGAAGUUUGAGCGUCCUGAUUCCUUUGAUACUUCGGAUGAGUACCACUCACAGGAAUUUGCAGCGGCAUUGUAUUUGCGAGAUGAAACAGAAGCUAAGAGGAAACAGCUGAGUUAUCAGGAUCAAGUGGACAAAGUUGAAUAUUCGGGGCCCUUGUUAUCUCAAUCUAGCAGAGUGGAUGAACUGCUAGAUAGACACGAGAGGCAUAUCCGACAGACAGUUAGAAGAUCAUGGUUUCAAAGAGGUAAAAAUUGAUUGCUUAUCAAUUGGAAAAACUCUGGAGGUUGAGCAUUUUGUAACAGAAGAAAGCACCCAGUGAAGAAAUCUUCCCACGUUCAUGAUGAAAAUCACUUGAUAAACUAUUGAACAGCAAGUUCAUAACCAAGGAAUUUAUGUCAUUGCUGUUCAACACGACAGAAAUAUACACACGUUGGAACAUCUUGACGAAAGCAGAAACAUUUGGAUGAUCAAACUUGUUGAUUUCCUUCCAAGCAGCCAUUUUCCCCCCUCUUUUCUAUCUAGUUCCCUGAUUUUUUUAUCCAAUGUUGUAAUGUAUAGAGUAAGUACUCGAUAGAUGAUGAGAAAGUAUUACUGUAAAUGUUCCUGAUUUGUAAACAUGACAGUGUACUUUAAAGAUGUUUUCAUUCUUGAAA